GCCGAGGUAACGCCUUGUCUCUGCGGUCUCAGGUGCUGACGUUCUGGGGAUUUCAUUUUAUAACAUGAGUUACAAGGCUAAAAAAUGCGGUAUUCGGUUUGAGCCGCCGGCCAUUAUCUUAGUGUAUGAGAAGACAGAAGGGAAAUCCAGACAGCGCAUUAUGCCCAUCAGGAAUUUCUCCAAAUUCUCAGAUUGCACCCGAGCAGCGGAGCAACUUAAAAACAACCCUCGGCACAGGCAGUACUUGGAAGGGGUAUCCCUGAAGCAGCUGGAACGAUUGUAUAAGUUAGUAAAGGCACAUCUGAAAGGUGAGAGCCUAGAGGUGAGCCUCGAGCUCAUCCAGAAGGAAGAAUCUAUUGAUCCGGAUGAAGACCUGAACAAACUGGACGACAAGGAACUCGCCAAGAGGAAGAACAUCAUGGAUGAACUGUUUGAAAAGAACAGAAAGAAAAAAGACGACCCGGACUUUGAGUACAACGUAGAGGUGGAUUUUCCUCAGGAAGGGGUUGUAGAAACCUGUGGUUGGGAUGAUGACUCUGAGCAGGGCUUCUGACCUCAGGACUGAUAGGUGAAAUGGCGCUAACGUUAUUUGCAUUUGCAAACAUUUUGAAUUCUGAAUCAGCAUCAUGCAUUGCAUCACAACCUGUAUUACAGUCCAGAGCUGCAUUCACAAUUCACCAGGCUUCAGAGCUGCAGUCUCCCAGCAUUCCUUCUGCACAGAGCUUACUCUGAUGAUUUACCUAAGCUGGCUGACUAUUUUCAGUAUCCAUCUAUCGUACUUGACUAUGAUGCAGUAUACACCAAUAACUGCUGUAUACAUGCUCUAGGAAGAGCUGGUAAAGGGUUAUUCCAGGGGAUCACUACUAGAUGGGUUGGGUCUUACUGCUGGGACCUCCACCAAUCACAAGAGAGGGGACUCUGUACCCCAAGG